UUGCAUUAUGGUCUGGUCUCUUUUUCUCUAAUAUUUUGAAUGUGUAUUUUGAUUAAAUGACAAUUUCCUAUGUUCGCAAUUAGAUUGUGAGCUACUUUCCUCAAGGUUUCGAAAAUAAAUUAACUUUUUGGACUGAAAUUAAUUGAAUAUACAUAAAUACUUAUGUAAUAAGGUGUUUUUUUUGAAAAACAAUUUGGUGGUUUUAGAUUAAGAGCAUUUUAUAUAAAGAUUUAGUUUAAAUAGAAAUUUCGUUAGGAACGCACAAUAUUUGCAGGAGUUAAAGCAAACAAAAUGUUACCCGCAUUUUAUGAGGAUAAGGAAAUAUUUAUAACAGGCGGUUCAGGUAUUGUGGGUACAGCUUUAAUAGAACAACUUUUACGUUCCUGCAAUGUACGAAAAAUUUAUUUAUUACUCCGUCCGAAAAGAUCCAUGACAUUGGAGCAACGUUUGGCAAAGGUUAAAGAAGAACAGGUCUUUCGCCAAUUAAAAAUACAAAAACCUCAAGAACUGGAUCAAAAACUAGUAGCUAUAGCCGGAGAUGCUAAAUUGCCCAUGUUGGGUAUAAGUGAGGAAUCAGCUAAACUAAUGAAAAAUGUGUCUAUUAUAUAUCAUUGUGCGGCUACGGUGCGUUUUGAUGAACCUCUACGAGAUGCUCUCAAACUAAAUGUCGGUGGUACUUUAGAGGCUAUAAAAUUUGCUCAGACCUUAAAAAAACUUAAGAUAUUUAUGCAUGUAUCAACAUUCUAUAGCAAUCCAUAUUUAACACGUGUUGAACCCAAGUUUUAUAAAGCGCCCAUGGAUUGGAAAUUUUGUUUGGGUCUAUUGGAUAGGGAAGAUGUAGGCGAAGAGGAAUUGGAUAUAAUAACCAGAAAGUUAAUAGUGGGCUUUCCUAACACCUAUUGUUUUACCAAAAAUUUGGCUGAGUCAUUGGUAAAUGAUUACAAAGAUAAGUUACCAGUUUGCAUUUAUAGACCCUCAAUAGUUUUCUUUGCUUUGGAACAACCUGAACCCGGGUUUUCUCCCUCUUUAAUGGGUGUCAUGGGUUUGUUUGCUGUAACUGGGGCCGGUUUAUUAAAAACCAUAUAUGUAAAUAAGAAAAAUCGUUUGGAUAUAACACCACAAGAUGUUUCGGUGAAAAAUAUGUUGUAUUAUACUUUCAAAGCUGCCCAGGUCUAUGAGAAAUCGAAACCUUUAGAUAUACCAGUUUACAUGACUUCAACUUGUACACAUUUUAAUAGGACUUUAAUAGAGUAUCUUGAAAUCAUGGAUGAUUUUGGUCUAUGGGAAAAGGCGGCCUAUGAGAAGAGUCUUUUGGUGCCGGGCAUACGCACCACUUCUAAUCGUUUUAUUUAUAUGUUCUUUGUCCUGCUUUUGCAACUUUUGCCCGCUUUACUGGUAGACUUUAUAUUACUACUCACCGGCCGCAAGCCGGUUCUAAUGCGCAUACAACGUAAAGUAUUCCAAACUCUCGAGGUCAUGCAACCUUUUAUGUUUAACAACUAUGAAAGUGAAGGCAUAACCCAUUACCAGGAAAUGAAAGAAAAACUGAAAGACACAAGCUUCAGUGUGGAUGUCUUAGACAACGGUUGUGAUCUCUUUACAAAUGUGGGUUUUUGCAAAAACAUGGUUUUCAGUGCCCGAGAUUUGCUAUUUAAAGAAGAUCCCAAAUCAUUACCUAAAGCCAGAAGAAUAUUUAAACUGAAAGUGUGGUUGUAUAAAUUUGUGCAAUUUAUUGUGCUUUAUAAAGUCUAUGUUUGGACUAUGGAAUAUAUUAAAAACUCGUAUGCAGAAUGGCGACAUAAUGAUUUCUGUUCUUUGGAUUAAUUAUAAGUUUGUUAUUUAAAAUUUUAUUUUAAUGUUGUUAAUAAAAAAAAGUUCCUAAAACAUAUUUAGUGUGUUUGUGAGAUGAAC